AAAAAAAAAUGACAGACUUGUUUGAUCAAUAUGUUUUGGAAAAGAAAGCUAAUAGAUCAAGCUCUACAGAAAUAUCUUCACAACCAAUAUCUUCUGGUUUUGUGGCCUUAACCAAUGAAGAAACAAAACCAAUGUUUCAACCAGAAAAAUUUAUUUUUCGGGCUCAAUCAAAUAUAAUAGAUCUUGCAGUGUCUAAUAACAUUAUGGUUGUUGCUCUGGAGGGAUGUCAAGUUAAAAGAAUUGAGCUCUCUAAUCCAUUUGAGGUUGACACUGUUGUUAUAUCAAAAAGAAGCGAUGAUCAAAUCGAUAAAAUCUUCCUUGACAUAUUAGGAUGUCAUCUGCUUAUUUCAAUGAAAUCUUCAGAAUCAUUUUAUCUUGGUCGAAACAAUAAAAAGCCACGUUUGCUUCAAAAACUUAAAAAUCAUAAAAUUGAAGCUGUAGCUUGGAACAAGUUUAGCAUGAAUGAAAUAACUACUGGGCUAAUACUAAUUGGAACCAGCAAAGGACUGGUAUGCGAAACUGAGAUUGAUUCAGAAGAAAAGUUUCUGUCAAUGGGAUCUGAAAAAAACGUCAAAGUGAUAUUUAAUGUCAAUGAAAAUAGAGAUAUAGAAGAACCCUUGACUGGAAUGCAUAUGGAAAAAAUGAAUGAUAUUGAAAACAGAUAUGUAGUUAUUUUAACAACACCAAGUCGAAUGUAUCAGUUUGUUGGAAAUGCAUCUAUUGAGGUUGCAAGUUUUCAAAAUGUUCUUUCUGUUUUUAAUCCAGACCCUACUCCAUUCUUAGAGUUACCAGGGACACUCAGUUAUAGCAACUUAGCAUUAUAUUGUUUAAAAGCAAAACAAACGCCAAAGUACUUUGCUUGGUUAACAGCUCAAGGUGUAUACUUUGGAGAAUUAGAUUUCUAUAAAGUAGAAGUUAAGAGUAAUGUUACUAAAAAAAGUAGAAUCCUAUUGACAACAUAUAAUAAAAAUGAACUACCUGUAUCUAUUUCAAUAUCAGAGUUUCAUUGUAUCUUGCUGUAUGAAAACAGAUUUGUGACAAUAUGCAUUUUAAAUAAUGAAGAAGACUUUUCAGAGGUCAUACCUAUUAAGCAUGGUACUAUGAUAGGUCUUCGAUCAGAUUCUAUACGAAAAACAUUAUGGGCAUUUUCAGAAUCGUCUAUAUUUCAAUACCAUAUUCAUCAAGAAAGCAGAGAUGUUUGGAAACUUCUUCUUAACAAAAAUGAAUUUGACCUGGCUAAGGAAUACUGUAAGCAUAAUCGAGCCCAAAUGGAUCUUGUUUUACGUAAACAAGCAGAAAGUUUAUUUAACGAGAAGAAGUAUGUACAAGCUGCUGCUACAUAUGCCUUGACCCUCAAUUCAUUUGAAGAUGUAGUUCUCAAAUUUUUAGAUGUUAAUGACAAUGAAGCAUUAAAAAUGUUUCUACAAAAAAAAAUUGGUAAUUUAAAGCCUGCUGAUAAGACUCAAUUAACAAUGUUGGUAAUAUGGCUUUUUGAAAUUUAUCUUAAUCAACUUGGGCUGUUGCGUGAUAGUGGAGAACCUUCUGAAGCCUAUGAUGUCAUUCAAGAUGAUUUUCGCAAAUUUUUUAGUCAGAGCAGAAUCAAGAAUUGUCUUGAGCAAAAUAAAAAUGUAAUAUAUGAUCUUCUAUCAAGUCACAGUGAUGCUGAAAAUAUGAUUUAUUUUGCUACACAAAUGAAAGAUUAUCGGCGAGUAAUUCAACACCGGAUUCAACAAAAUAAUUACUAUGGUGCUUUAGAUGUACUUAGGAAGCAAACCGAAGAAAAUCAGCAAUAUCAAUCAGACUUGUUUGAGCAGUUCUCACCCAUUCUUAUGCAGCAUAUUCCUAAACAACUUGUGGACGUUUGGAAGCUGAGAGAUCUUGAUCCAAAAAAGCUCAUUCCUGCUCUUGUUACGCAGACUCAAAAAAAUGAUACCAAAUCUCUUAGUUAUGCCAUUGAUUACUUAGAGCAUUGUGUAUACAAGUUAAAUAAUCAAGAAAAGGCGAUACAUAAUUACUUAAUUUCUUUGUACUGCAAAUUGGAUGACGAAGUCCCGUUGCUUAGAUAUUUAAAUGGACAAAGUGAGGAUAUAGGUAGUGUUUGUUAUGAGCCAAAAUAUGCUCUACGUUUGUGUUCUGAAAAUAAAAAAGAUCAAGCAGCUGUUUUAAUUUACAGUGCUAUGGGUCUGUUUGAGGAAGCUGUUGAUUUAGCUCUAAAAACCGAUAUUGAAAAAGCAAAGCUGUAUGCUGAUAAGCCUGAAAAUGAUGACCAAUUAAAAAAAAAAUUGUGGUUGAAAAUUGCUCGACAUGUUGUAGACCAGCAACAGGAUAUUGGAAGGGCUAUGGAGUUGCUAAAAGAAUGUCAGUUGCUUAAAAUUGAAGACAUUUUACCAUUUUUUCCUGAUUUUGUCACUAUUGAUCGUUUUAAGGAUGCAAUAUGUGACUCACUUGAAGAAUAUAAUAAACAUAUCAAUAAUCUGCGAAAAUCAAUGAUGGAUGCCACUGAGAGUGCAAAGCUUGUUCGUACAGAGAUACAAGAUAUUCGUAACAGAUAUGGAGUGAUAUCUGGACAAGAAAAUUGUGCAGUUUGUUAUUAUCCAUUGGUCACACGUUCAUUUUAUUAUUUUCCUUGUACUCAUGUGUUUCAUUCAGAUUGUCUUGUUGAACAGGUAAAAAUGCACUCUAAAGAGCGAAUAAGAACAAAAAUUGAUGGUCUUUAUGCAAAACUCGCUUCUUUAACUUCUAGUAAUGCUUCAUCUUUAGAGAAAACAAGAUUAGAGCUAGAUGAAAUAAUUGCUUCAGAAUGUAUAUAUUGUGGAGAUAUUAUGAUCAGAACUUUAGAUGAACCGUUCAUUGCACCUGAUGAGUAUGAGGCUGUUCUACAAAGCUGGAGUUAAUGUUAAGAGUUGUUUGUGUGUGUACAUACGUGCGUACCUGUGAUACGUGUAUGUAUAUUUAUAUAAUUGCGUGUGAUUUUUUGAUAUGAAAUUAUGCAAUAUGAAAAAAUUGUAAAAGAUUUUUUUUAGUUUUUUAAUUUAUAAAUAUAUUUUGAUUUAUCA